AUGAUCAAGGUCAUGAUGAAUUCGGAUUUUAAAAUUGAUAGAGAUGAAAAUGGUGCAAUUCUCUUCAAAGAUAGAAACCCUGAUUAUUUUCCACUUAUCUUGGAGCACUUGCGUACAGGUUCCACGACACAUAUUGGUUUGUGGGAAGAAAAUAGUGCCGACUCGAUUCAACAUUUGAAAAACUUACUUGAAGAAUCUGAUUUCUUUGGAACAACAAAAUUGAGCGAAAGAAUUUGCCAUCUUCUUGAAAAAUUUGGAGAACAACCAGAGAUGCAACAAGAGGAUGACGAGGUCCAAGAAAUAACGAUGCCUUCAGUUUUUAAUGACACAAUGGUUAGCGAAAAUCAACAUUUAGCAGAUGAAGAAUGGAUUUUAAAAUUCAAUCAAUUGACCAUUGAAGAACAAUCUCGAGUAGAGAAAUAUUUCCAAGAACAUGAAUCUCUCCUUGAGCAGGAAAAGAAAACAGUGCUAGAAAAAGAGAACAGGUUAAAGCCUACGUUUGUUACAUUCAAUGUCAGAGGUAUAUCCUUUUCAGUGAACAUUGAAAAGCUUGUGAAACAUUCGGAAAGUGUUUUCAUACACAUGCUUAAAAAAAUGGACAAGACUUCCUCCAUCUUUCUUGAUCCUGAUCCUGACGUGUAUAGAAUCAUAUUUAAUUAUUUAGAAUCUGAGAAUACAUCAUGCAUUCCACGAGAUUCAGCAAAACAGAAACAAAUAUACAAGGAGGCAAAGGAACUUAGGUUAAAAGAAUUGAUUGAAUAUUUUAACCCAUUUAGAUAUCCCAUUGAGCUAUGA